AUGAAGUUUUCUCCCAAAUCUGACUACAAAAUGAAAUCCAAAUUUCACGUUCCACUUCUAAACUUUGAGUUGUUCUUCACACACGCCGCUGAGGGCGGUGUUCCGGGAACCCUGCGUCUAGAUGUAGAUAAGAGCUCAAGAACAAGUGGUGGAGAGAAGUGUAAUCAGAGUAAAAUACAUCCCAAUAUUACGAACCUCAUCAGAUGGAAUGAUUGUGUUGUCUCCAAUGUUGAUGUUUUGAGUGAUAGGUACAUUUCUAAGAUGUUUGAGGUGAAUGAACAGUACCUCAAUUCUAAAUCUAACUCAGAAGUAGGCCUAAGACUUGUCGGUGGAGGUAACAGCAACGAAGGGCGAGUUGAAGUAACCGUUGAUGGACGAUCAGGUACGGUAUGUUAUGAUGCCUGGGAUAUAAGAGACGCUCGUGUUGUAUGCAGAGCACUAGGCCUAGGUAGUGCAAUAGCGGCCGUCUCGUCAGCCACGUUUGGACAAGGGUCGGGCAAUAUUCUCCUGGACGAAGUUGAGUGCAGCGGUUUUGAAUCAAGUCUUACUGAUUGCGCAAACAGUGGAAUAGGAGUGCACGACUGUUCCUGGAAAAAAGAUGCAGGUGUCAUCUGUACGGGUAACAGUACGUAG